GUGAUUUGCAAGUCAGAUGCUCCAACAGGGGAUGUUCUGCUUGAUGAAGCUCUGAAACACAUAAAAGAGACCCAGCCUCCUGAAACAGUACAAAAUUGGAUUGAGCUGCUUAGUGGUGAAACAUGGAACCCGUUGAAGUUGCACUACCAACUACGAAAUGUCCGUGAACGAUUAGCUAAAAAUCUAGUGGAAAAAGGUGUACUGACAACAGAGAAACAGAACUUCCUUCUUUUUGACAUGACUACGCACCCUCUCACCAACAACAAUAUCAAACAGCGCCUCAUCAAGAAGGUUCAAGAAGCAGUUCUUGACAAAUGGGUGAAUGAUCCUCACCGCAUGGACAAGCGCUUGCUGGCACUUGUUUAUUUAGCCCAUGCUUCAGAUGUUCUGGAGAACGCUUUUGCCCCUCUUCUGGAUGAGCAGUAUGAUUUAGCCACAAAGAGAGUGCGGCAGCUCCUGGAUUUAGACCCUGAGGUUGAAUGUAUGAAAGCCAACACAAAUGAGGUUCUGUGGGCUGUUGUAGCAGCUUUCACAAAAUAACUGCAUUCAGACUGAAGUGUUCUCUCUUCUUUCAUGUAAACCAGUUGUUUCCUCUUCUAUUGACUAUUCAUGUUUUCUGUAAUUUGUACCUUCUCACAUGAUGAAUCGGCUCUUGUUUAAUGGGAAUUAUAAGUGGUGUAUUCCCUCCUUCUUUGUGUAUCUGUACACAGGAUUCUGCUGGUACAAGAGAACUUCCUGUUUAAAAAACAACAGAAAAAGGCUUUACUGCCAUAUUGGCAUUCCAUUUCCUCUUCAGUUAGUUAUCCGAAAUACUUCGUUUAAUCUGUUUUUCAUGAUAUUGUUAUUGAAGUGGUUUAACAUGGAAAGCACCUCAAGGAGGAAAUGUGCAUGCAGUUGGAUGACUAGUCUCAGUUGACACAGAUGUGUGCAUGCAUCAAUACUUCUGCAGAACAGAUCGUAACAGAUUGAAAAGGGCCUUUUUAAGUCACCAAAGCUCCAUAUUGAAGUGUCUGUCAGGACAUUUUAUAUCCAGAUGUUGUUUCAAUUAUAUCUAACAAAAUUACUUUAAGAGCAGAAAUGCCAGUAAGCAACUUUCUCAAUAGUUCCUGUAAAAUGCUCCAUAAAUUUUACUUUUCAUGCAAGUCUCUUGUGUACUUAUAUUUUCAUUAGAAUGAUAGCUGAGUCAUGGCGCUAGUAUAGAAAGGUCCAGCUGUUUCAUAAACCAGUUUUGGGAUGGGAUACAUUCCAUUAUAUUGUAUAUAUAUAUUUCAAAUUGUAUAUUAACAACUGCCCCAUCUUAGUAUUUUGCAAGAUCUACUUAGCUGUACACCUGAUGCCCCUUAUUUGCUGUCAGCCAUUGCCAUUCGAUGGAAAGAAAGGCCUCCUGUAAAGAGCAUGUGUGUCAGAGCUGUUUGUUUCCAGUGUCUGCAGAGUUUGCCGUCCAGGUAUUCUCAGUCAACGCAUUGCCUUGGAUAAUUAGUGUACGGAAAGAGACCACUUUCUGUCGUUGUUUAGGCUUUUUCUUUU